CUCUAUGGAAGAUAUAAAUUUUCAUGAGAAAAAUUUAGAUUUAUUAUUUUGUUUAGUUCUUAGCUUUUAGAGAAUGAAACCAAUGUGAUAGCCUUCUUAUACAAAUUACACAAACAUUUACGGUUUACAGGGUAAUCACGAAAGACUGAAGAAGUAUGGCUGAUGAAGAGAAAAAUCUGGUUGAAAUCUUAGAAGCAAAUAACCUGAUUGAUAUGGCCAAGUACAUAACCUAUGUUAGUGCUCCACAAGCUGGAGCCAUAGCAACAUUUGCAGGCACAACACGUGACACCUUUGAAGGAAAAACAGUGGUGGAGCUAAGGUAUGAAGCUUAUGUACCGAUGGCAAUACGCUGCAUCAAAUCUAUCUGUUCAUCAGCUAGAUCAGCCUGGAAUCUUCAUUCCAUUGCAGUUGUACACCGGCUAGGCACUGUUCCAGUGGGAGAAACAAGUGUCUUUAUAGUUGUUUCAGCUGUUCAUCGAGCUGAUGCCCUGGAUGCUUGUAAGUUUUUGAUUGAUGAGUUGAAGGCAUCUGUUCCUAUAUGGAAGAAGGAAGUAUAUUCCAAUGGAGAAGUUUGGAAGGAGAAUUCAGAAUUUAAAGAAAGAAGAUUAGAGCUGGGGAAGAAAGAUGGCGUUUGCAAUAGAGGAGAAGUUUUGGUAAAAACACAUGAUAGAAAGACCUGUUGCGGGACAAAGGUCAAGGUGGACGACGAAGAAAUCGGAGAUAUCAGCGCUGGCAAGUAAGAGAUUGGAGAGUUAUCGUUACUAUUUAUUUGCACACUUUUACAUGUUUCAGGUUGCCACCUUAUGAUACUUGGUACAAUUUUGCCACACAGAACAGUCCACUCCUGAUUACUUAUUUCUAGCUAAA